AUGGAUGCAAUCAGUGUGAUAAAGCCUUUGGUUAUCACAGCAGUCUUCACAUACAUGAAAGGAACUGGAGAGAAACCAAAUGGAUGCAAUCAGUGUGAACCUUACAAAUGUAAUCAGUGUGGUAAAUCCUUUGCGUGUCUCAGCAGUCUCCGAGUGCAUGAAAGAUCACAUACUAGAGAGAAGCCCUACAAAUGUAAUCAGUGUAGUAAAGACUUUGCGAGUCAGAGUCAUCUUAAAAGACAUGAAAGAACACACACUGGAGAGAAACCCUAUGAAUGUAAUCAAUGUGGUAAAGCCUUUUCAAUCCAGGAUACUCUCCGAGUGCAUGAAAGAACACAUACUGGAGAGAAACCCUUUGAAUGUAACCAGUGCGGUAAAACCUUUAAACUACACAGUCAACUUCGAAUACAUAAAAGAGUACACACUGGAGAGAAACCCCAUGAAUGUGAUCAGUGUGGUAAAACCUUCGCAUGUCCCAGUAGUUUCCAAAAACACAAAAGAAUACAUUCUGGAGAGAAACCCUAUGUAUGCAAUCAGUGUGAUAAAGCCUUUGCAUAUCACAGUAGUCUUCGAAUACAUGAAAGAACACAUACUGGAGAGAAACCCUUCAAAUGUAAUCAAUGUGGUAAAACCUUUUCACAGCCCAAUAGUCUUCAAUACAUAAAAGAACACAUACUGGAGAGAAACCCUAUGAAUGUAAUCAGUGUGGUAAGGCCUUUCCGUAUGACGGCAGUCUCCAGGUGCAUGAAAGAACCCAUACUGGCGUGAAGCCUUACGAAUGUAACCAGUGUGGCAAAGCCUUUGGCUACCACAGUCAUCUCCAAAGGCACGAAAGGACACACAGUGGAGAGAAACCUUAUUAACAUGAGCAAUGUGGGAAAGCCUUUGUAAGUCUCAGCAAACUUCAGAGGCAUAAAUGAAUUCAUCCUGGAGAGAAAUCUCAAGAAUGUAUUUAAUAUGGUGAAGGCGUUAAACGGUUUUAUAGUCUUCAUCAUCACAAAAGUAUACCAGAGAGAAAUUCUAUGAGUGUAGGCAAUGUGCUGAAGACUUUAUGUUAUGGAGCCCACUUAGAGAUCCAACACGACACAAAACCAGGGCUAGGGGUAUUCACUAUGUGGUUGAUCUGUGUCCACUGAUGCAGGCAGGAUGUCGGUUUUACAGUCUAAAGAUCAUAUCCAUUUUCUCUUUGUGGUUAACAACAGGUAUUGUGUUUUGGGGAAAAAAAGAUGAAUAACAGAAGUUGUCGUUUGGAACAGUCAAUAUGUUUUGUGGAAUAGGAAACGUGGUUAGGAACAAUCAUGUUUUGGGAAACAAAAGUGAAUUAUGGAAGCUUAUCAAUUAUUAGGGAGUCUCCAGCUCCCUUAUGUUCUGGGAACUUGAAUUUAGUUUCGCUCUAUGAUUAAAUGAAGUCUUAUAGCAAAAUGGCUGUACUUAGGACAGUUUCUUUUACUUGUUCAUGGUAUUUGCAUAUUACAGUCAUCUUCGAAUUCAUAAAAGUGAGUACCCCUAUAAAUGGAGUCAAUAUUAGGAGGCCUUUUCUCAGAACAGUUAUUUACAAAUAUCUAAAAGAACAUGUCCUGGCAAGAAACCCUACAAAUGCAAUCCAUGUGAUUAAGCCUUUUCAUAACACAGUUAUAUGCGACUCGGUAGAAGAACACCUGCCUGAGACGACACUAGGAGGUAAGCAAUGUGGUAAACCUGUGCGAGUAGCUGUGCUCAGGAGAAAAAGCCAUAGUGCAAAGAAACCUGUGAAUGCAGUCAUUGUGGUAAAGCUUUACGUGUCAUGAUCUCUUUAUGCAAUAUUAAAAGCCUUAGUGUGCAAUUAAUCUGUUAAAGGCUUUACACAUCACAGUAGUGUUUAGGGACCUGAAAGAAUUCAUACUAUAGGGGAUCUAUAAGGAUCCUAUAAGAACUGUAGCCAACAUACUUCAGUCGCACAAGAUUAUUCUGAAGAGAACAUCUGACCAGUGUAAACAAUCAAGCAUUAUGGUGUUCCUCUUGAUUUUAUUUGUACUUGUAAAUUCAUAUGUGCAGUUGUAUGAAUUUAAGUGAUAGCCCUUUUAGACUUCACAAUUCUCUUCAAUUACUCAUCCAGAUGUAAAAGUUUACGGGUGUGAACUACUGCCUUUUUUGUUGCUAUAAUAAAACAUCGUGCCUAGGGCAACUUAUAAAAGA